GGCGGGCGGCCCGGGCUGGAUGCCAGCCGCCGAGGCCCCGCGGCGCUAGGGCCGGCCGCGGUAGCGGCCGGGGAGGCGCGGGGAUGCUGGCGCUGGGGCAGGCGGACGGCGCGCCCCGGCAGGGCGCCUUCCUGCUGGGCAGCCCGCCGCUGGCCGCCCUGCACAGCAUGGCCGAGAUGAAGGCGCCGCUGUACCCCGCGUACCCGCUGCCCGCCGGGCCCGCCUCCUCGGCCUCUGCUUCCUCCGCCUCGCCGGCCUCCGCCUCGCCCUCACCGCCGCUCGGCUCGCCCGGCCUCAAGGCGCCGGGCGUGGGCACCGGCCCCGGCCCCGGGGGGCUCCCGGCGCCGCCACAGCUCUCGGCCGCCACGCCGCACGGCAUCAACGACAUCCUAAGUCGGCCCUCCGUGCCCCUGCCGGGCGCCGCGCUCGCAUCCGCCGCGCCCUCUGCCUCGUCGGCGGCGCCCGCCGGACUGCUAGCCGGGCUGCCCCGCUUCGGCAGCCUUAGCCCCCCGCCGCCGCCGCCCCCGCCACCGCCGCCGCCGCCGCCCGCCCUUUACUUCAGCCCCGCCGCCGCCGCCGCCGCCGCCGCCGUGGCCGCCGGGCGCUACCCAAAGCCGCUGGCCGAGUUGCCGGGCCGCACGCCCAUCUUCUGGCCCGGCGUGGUGCAGGGGCCGCCCUGGAGGGACGCCCGCCUGGCCUGCGCGCCCCACCAAGGCUCGAUUUUGCUGGAUAAGGACGGGAAGAGAAAACAUACCCGACCCACUUUUUCUGGCCAGCAGAUUUUCGCCCUGGAGAAGACGUUUGAGCAGACCAAGUACCUGGCGGGCCCGGAGCGCGCCCGGCUGGCCUACUCGCUGGGAAUGACCGAGAGCCAGGUCAAGGUCUGGUUCCAGAACCGGCGCACUAAGUGGCGGAAGAAACACGCGGCCGAGAUGGCGACGGCCAAGAAGAAGCAGGACUCGGAGACGGAGAGGCUGAAGGGUGCCUCGGAGAACGAGGAGGAGGAUGACGACUACAACAAGCCGCUGGACCCCAACUCGGACGACGAGAAGAUCGCGCAGCUGCUCAAGAAACACAAGCCGGGCGGCGGGGGGCUGCUGCCGCCCCCGUCCGAGGGGGAGGCCUCGGCCUAGCCCCGCGCCCGCCGCCGAUCUCGGAGAUGUACAGAUUAUUUUUGUAGACUCUGCGUGCCCCGUCGCCGGCGGGAGGCCGGGGGCAGAGCACGGAGGACUGCGGCUACACGGGCGCCGAGCGGCACGGAGGGGAGCGGCGGGGCUGCGCGGGUGCCCUGGUGUCUCGGUGUCCUGGCGUCCCGGCCCCGCCGGAGGUCGGCUCCUGGCGAGCAGAGCGCUCCCGGCCCCGGCACGGCCCCGCUCCCCGGCGAGCAGCAGAGAGUGAAACGAAAAAAGGGAGAAGGGAGAAGCCAGCGCGUGGACAAGUAGCUGGUGCGAAUCGUCACAACCACUUUCGGUCAAAAUAUAAAAUUCAUUUAGUUGCUGUAAUUGAAUUUAAGGUGUGUUUUGUUUUGUAUCAUACGGAAUACUAUAGAAUGUAAAUUGUUUGCUUUUUUUUUUAAGCCGAUAACGAUGAUAUAUCGUGAUAUAGCGUCUUAACAUUUAUUAAUUUAUAUUAAAAAGAUUCGGUUUGUAAAGAGAAGAAGAGGCCCCUGCGCGCCCCGUUCCAUGUAAUGCACUUUCUGUUCCCGAGCCCACCCCGAUAAAGCGAUUAAGCACGCACCCUGCCGCCGUCUGCUGCCUUCUCCCCUGGGGCCGGGCCGGGGGUCGCAGGCAGCCGGGGGUGCAGGAUCCGGGGCUGGGACCCCUGCUCCCAGCUGCUGGGUCGCGACCCCAGCAGGGGUGUGGGGCCAGAGGCGAAUUGCUCGGGGGUUUCACCACUGGGUGCUCGGCUUCAUUCCAGCCGGGGGAAAUGAAAUUCCUGACCAGCCCCGGUGCCCGCGAAUUGCAGCGACCAUUGUAAGGCAGAGGCACAGUAGACAGACAGCAAACCCACGGCUGCAGCGCGGGGGCACGGUGGGCAGCGCGCACCCACCGCGAUGGCGGCAGGGCAGCAGAUCCCCCCGACCCUGCCCGGGACCGGGGCCGCAUCCUGCACCCCUUAUCCCUCCCCCUCCCCUCCCGCCCCGAUAUCCCACGUUUAAUGAGUCGCCCGCAUCCUCAUCACCCCAGCAUGGUAAUUGAGCAGAUCUAUUAACUUGUUACACUAGAUUUGUUUAAAGAGACUAUUACACAGUCAUUUAAUCAAUUUGUUACACUGGAGGUCCUGACUUAUGAGACACUUGCCGUAUGAUUCCUUAAUGACUGAAUUAAUUUGUUUUAAUAAAACCAACAUUGUGUA